AAUCGAUCAGCUGAGCCGCGGAAACACGUGGUGAUCGCGUGGAAUGUGAUGAUCAGCUGAGACAGUAACGAGUGUGUGUUUGAUGUGAAAUGACGAACGUGUAGUGCAGUGUGGUGAUUAUGGAACAAUUGCAAGUGCGGUGGUGCAUGAUGAGAAUGAGGUGUGACAAAUGAUACAGUGCAUGAUGUGAUAAAUCUCGUGAAUGAGUGUCGAACGUUGAUGAGUGAUGUGUUACGUGCCGGCGGACGGCGUGUCCGCGUUAUUCGUGUCCGGAAUACGAUCCGCGCCCGGGAGCAUGACCAAUUUAACGAUCGGGCGUACGAAUUCGGAUGUGGCGGUGCGUACUGAGACCACGCGGACGACACCGUCGUCCCCGGGAUGCAGUCUCGUGAUCCUUGCAAGAGGCCAUCGAGUCGGAGGGGUGAGCUCCGAGCGGAUGAUGCAAAGGUCCCCGACGUGAGGUGCGGCCUCGGCCUUGACCCAUUUGGUGCGGGGGUUGAGCCCGUGCACGUACUCAGCCGACCACCGCUGCCAAAAAUGGUCUCGCAUCAGCUGCAGGUGAUGCCAGCGUGACAGCGUGGAUGAUGAUUGUCCGAUCCGUGACGGCUCAGGUAUAGCUAAUAGAGGCGCGCCGAUGAUGAAGUGCCCUGGAGUGAGUGCUGAAGUGUCGUCUGGAUCGUCUGACAGAGCCUGCAACGGACGAGAAUUAAGACACGCCUCGAUUUGUGUGAGGAGUGUGCUAAGCUCCUCAAAAGUGAGCGUGGUGUCGCCGAUUACUCGGCGGAGGUGAAAUUUCGUGGAUUUCACGGCAGCCUCCCAAAGACCACCGAAGUGAGGGGCCGCUGGCGGAUUAAAAUGCCAGCGGAUCCCUUGAGUGUUGGCGGCGCGGGCGAUGUGAAGGCCCUCGGAGGUCGACGCCUUGAAGAGCUCCCGCAGGGUGCGAUCGGCGCCAACGAAUGUUGUGCCGCAGUCGCUGUAGACGUCCGUACACAGUCCUCUGCGAGAGACGAAGCGGCGUAAGGCGGCGAUGAAGGCCUCGGAGCUGUAAUCCGAGACGACCUCGAGGUGGAUGGCCUUCGACCAAAAGCAGACGAAGACCGCGAUGUAUCCUUUCUGUGAGCGGUGUCCGCGUCCUUUGCUGGUCCGGAUGGAAAUUGGUCCCGCGUAGUCCAGUCCAGUGCUCAAGAAAGGUCGAGUUGGCGUCACUCGGUCCCGAGGAAGGUGGCCCAUUGGAGGCUGUGGCGUGGCAGCGCGCCAGCGAGUGCAAGUGACGCACCGAUGCAGUUGCUGCUUGACGACGGUCCUUCCGCGUGGUACCCAGAAUCGAAGGCGAAGCAGACCGAGUGUCAUCUGGACGCCGCCGUGCAGAGAGCGACGAUGGCAGGACUCGAUCAGCAGUCGCGUCAUCCAGGAGGCCGGCGGUAUGAUCACCGGGUGCUUCUCGUCGUAGGGCAGCAGUGCGUGUUUGAGACGUCCUCCAACGCGCAGUACACCUUGGUCGUCGAUGAACGGAUUCAGCUUGAUCAGUGAACUGCGUGGUGGGCCGGAGCGUCCUGCGGUGGCAGCAGCUAUCUCGUCCGGGAAGUGGAGCGCCUGUACUACUCGAAGCCACUGGAGUAGGGCGGCGUCCAGCUCGUCGGGGUGUAGUGGACAACCAGGUGUGACCUCCCGGCUCGCCACGUUGAGCCAUCGACGACACCAAGCCGUAACGCGUAGCAGCCGAUGAAGCGCAGAGAACCGAAGAAGGAUGUCCGGUUCGACGACGACGGAGCCCUUGGUCAUCAGGCUGGUGGUGCGCUGUUCAGGAAGGUCAUCCUCUGCGAUGUGGACCUCUGAGCUGGGCCAUGCUGUCUCGUCCAGUGCCAACCAGUCUGCAGGAUUAUUCUUCCCGGCUACGUGUCUCCAUCGAGCGUCCGGGAGCUGUGUCUGGAUAUGAGCUACCCGGUUGGCGACGAAAGUUUUCCAGCGAGUGGCGUGUCCCUGGAUCCAAUGAAGCGUGACCUGGGAAUCGGACCACAGAUAUACUGGAGUAGUUGCCAAGCCGAGAAUGUCGCGGACAUGCAGCGUGAGCGUGUGGUGCGGAGGUAGACUACUGCGGCGUAUCCUCGUUCGGAAGCAUCAGCAAAACCGUGGAGCUGCAACCUCGAGUGAUCGUUGUCGGUGCUGAGCCAGCGAUUCACGCGUAUGUGCCUGAGCAGCGGCAACUGAUCCAACAGCUGUUGCCAAUGUCGAGCAUCCUUGGCCGGCAGUGGAGCGUCCCAAUCAAGUUGCUGAAGCCAGGUGCUUUGGAUUAGGAUCUUCGCCCGAAUGACGACAGGCGCGAGCCAGCCCAUCGGGUCGAAUAGGCGUGCAGUUUCGGAGAGGACUCGUCGCUUCGUGAAUUUGCUGACUGGCCGAGGAUGUAUUGCGAAGGCAAACCGGUCAUCUUGAGGACGCCAUCGCAGGCCCAAUGUCGAAUGGCUCUCUCCUUCCCAGGAAUGUGGUCCUUGCUGCAGCCGAUGCUCCUGUGGGACUCCUGUGAGGACCUCUGGAUGGUUCGAGGCCCACUUCCUCAGUGGAAAUCCGCCCGCCAUGCAGAGGUUGCGCAGCUCCGUCUGGAGGUUGACGGCGUCGUCGAGGUUGUCCGCGCCGGUGACCACGUCGUCGACGUAGCAAUCAAGCCGAAGUACUGUGGCACCUUGAGGAAACUGCGCUCCCUCGUCCGCACAAAGUUGUUGCAGAGUUCGGAUGGCCAGGAACGGUGCACACGCCAUGCCGUAGGUCACCGUCUGCAGCUCGUACUCUCCGAUCUCGUCCGUCUUGUUGUGACGCCACAAGAUUGUUUGGAGACGGCAGUCCUCAGGAUGUACGAGGAUUUGGCGGUACAUCUUCUCGAUGUCGGUGACGAAGACGUACCGGUGCCAACGCCAUCGCAGCAACACGUCGGUGAGCGCUGGCAGAAGGUUUGCCCCAGUCAGCAGCUGCGAGUUGAGCGAAGUACCGGCCCGUGUGCGCUGAGAGCCGUUGAACACGACUCGGAGCUUUGUCGUCGUGCUCGAUUCCUUCAGGACCCCGUGAUGCGGUCCUCGUAUUCCUGCAUGAAGCCGUGAUAGAGGUCGCCAAAACGAAGAUCUCGGCUGCCCUUGGUCUCCAUGGCUUUCAGUAGGUGCUCCGCUGGGCGGCGAGUAUCCUGAAGAGUCGUCGGCGGCGAUGAGAAGGGCAGCCUCACCAUGUAUCUCCCGGUGGGCGUGCGCGUGACGGUGCGCACGUAGAGUUCCUCGCACGUGGUCUCGUCGGGAGUGAGUGAAGCCCGAGUUAUCGGCUCGCUCUCCUGCUCCCAAAAGCGUCGAACGAAGUCGGCGAGGUCAUGAUCGGCGGUGCACCGGAAGGUGCGGCGAUGUCCCGUGACUGCUGCUGCGUCGUAGCCGCCAGAAAGGAUCCAUCCCAGGCUGGUUUGCUGAGCGAUCGGCAUCCUUGAUUCACCCUUGCGGAGGCCUUCCUCGAGGAUCAAGGAAUAGACCUCGGCUCCCAGUAGCAGCUCAGCUGGGUCGUCGUCUAAGAAGCGAGGAUCGGCCAGUUGGAGUCCGUUGAGAUGAGGCCAGCUGCGUUCUUCCCGCGAAACCGAGCCUUGCUGCAGCGAUAUGCGGGGCAGCACAAAGGCCACCACGCUGAGUUUGGCGUUACGUGCAGCGUGACCUUGCCACGAGCGGAUCCCGAGCGAGUCCCUCCGAUGCCGAAAAUGGAGAGGCCCGUUGAGACUCGAGGAAGGCGAAGACGUUGUGCCAAGGUCUCCGAAAUGAUCGACACCUCAGAACAUUGGUCGAUCAAAGCGCGUACGGCUUGUGGUGAUCCGUACCGAUCGGCGACGUUUAUUCGUGCUGUUGCAAGAAGAACGGCCUUGCACUCUGGAUUUUGCAGCGUAGCGGUCAGUGUGGUGGCGCGUGUGGCUUCAGUUGACGCUGACGAUGUGGGUGCUCCGUGUAACAUCGUGUGGUGUCGUGCGUCGCAUGUCAGACAGUUCUUCUUUGACUGGCAGCGAGAGAGAAAAUGGUUGCCUAAGCAAUUGUAACAGAGCCUGUUACUCUCGACAAAUGCCUUGCGGUCGUUGACAGUCUUGGCCUUGAAAUCUCGGCAGGUCAUCAAGGUGUGCUUCUCGCGACACAGUGCACAGUGCGGCGACUCGGUUCCUUGGUGCUUCGUGACGUGUGCCUUGGCUACCCGUGGAGCAUCUCCGGGCGGUUUGCUGGCGCUCUUCGGUCGUGCGGCAUUGAGCGUCAGGAUCCGGCGGCUGAUGAAGUCCACAAGUGCCUCGUUUUGUGCCGGCUCUGAUGAGUCUGACGUGGACGACUCCCACUCAAGACGUGUGCGUGCAUCAAACAGCUCGGUGACCAGGAAGUUGAAGAGGUCCAUUCCGUGGGUGUUGAUUGGACGUCCGAUGCUCUCCUGGCCAUUGACGGCGGCAGUAACGGCGUUGUGAAUGCGUCUCAAUUCUUCUGCGGUAUCUCCCUUCAUCUUCGGCACGGCGAUGAACGUGGCGAAGUUGGAGCGGAUCAAUUCCUUUUUGUUGUUGUAGUGUUUGUCCAGAAUCGCCCAAGCGCGAUCGUAAUUGUCGCUGGUGACAGGCAAUGACCUUAUUAACCUUUCAGCUUGCCCCGUCAGACAUGAGCGCAGGUGGUGAAAGCGCUCGAUGUUGGAGAUCGCAUUGCCACUCACGACGGAGAGAAAGAGAUCUCGGAACGACGGCCAAUCGGCGUAGGCACCAGAAAAUGGCGGCACUUUGAUACGCGGCAGUGAUGACCUUGACGUGGCGUCGGCAGAAGGAGGCCGCACGGAUAAGGUCAUGCUGCGCCUCGAACUUUGUCCACAGCUGAUCCAGAAUUCUGGUGCGUGUGGAGAUAGCACUGGCGGUGAUAUUGGAGCUGCCCAGCUUCUUCAAGUACUCCACAGAACGUGAGAUGCGGACUUGAAGCUCACGCUGACAGUCAACCAGCGUGGGUACAUCCAUGAUGACUGCACACGAAACUGCACUAUUGUCACUCACGCGAGAAGUCACGCUCGCGAACUUGCGGUUGCCGGUGCGACGGAUCCGGCUCGAAGGACCAGAAAUAUGUUCACGAACGCGCUGC